AUGACUAGAGGAAUCUCAGCUUCAUCUUCACUCUUCAGAGAGCAGGCCUUUCUCUGUGCAGCUGGAGAGACUGGUGAGCAGAGCUGGGUCCAGCUUCUUAAGACCGAGUGGGGAGGGACUCUCAGGUGCUUCUGGGUUCAAGCUGAGCAAGCCUACACAGACAGGGGUGUGGAUGUACCAGCAGGAACUUCCAGCCCCCACCCCUCUUUGUCUUAUUCGUGUGUUACGUGCAAUGACCUAUUUAAGGUAAACCCGCUCCACCUACGCCAAUUCGGGGCUUAUCCAAGCACUGCCUCCCUCCCCCUCAGUCCAAGUUGCCUGGAUCACAAGCUCAACUUGAGAGGGAAGGCCUUGGGUGGAGGGCUUGUGUCUGGGGAAACUGAAGAUGGAGGCUUUGGUCAGUACUAAUAUGUAUCAGACACAAGUCCUCACCCUGAGACCUGAGCCUGAGUCAUUUUUCUUCUAAUCGCCCUGCCCACACACAUUUAUCCAAGACAUGACAACAUGGGGACUGACAGUCCCAGUCCCCCCCGCCCCCUGCAAAAGAUCAUCCCACCAAUACCUCCAGACUUGGGGGCCCAAGGGCAGUGCCUGGUGCCGCUCCCAUCUGCUGUCCCCCUCUUCUCUCCUGCAAUUGGUUUGUACUCAUUGGGCUGUGCUCUCCUCCCCGUUUACCUGAUGUAUGGAAAUAAACGUCCUUUUUCUCCUGGCA